AUGUCCACCAGAAACCUCUACGCAGAGUAUGCGAUCGAUGCAUCCGGUGCCUUCCCGAGUGGAAUCACCGCGCCGGCGCAAGCGACAUUAAAUGAGACAUCUCACGCUGUUGCCCCCGGUGGCUCCAACCCCGACCAGCCCAUAUUGGAUCCGUUGCCGGGCGUCGAACAUUCGUAUGGCGAUUCUUACUCGCCAACCUCUGCGGACCCUCGCCACGAACUAGCCGAGACCUUUGUCGCCACCAUUAACGUUGCCUUUCCCCUCUUCCCGAAGCAGUCUUUUGCCAAUCAGCUGGAGAAUGAGGUCAUCAGCGAUACCCUUGCCUCCGUCAUCUACGGGCUUUCCGCCAAAAUCGUGAACAUGCCCUUCCUCCUCGGGGACGAAGAUGUGGACUCGACACUGAGCAACUUGCGCUACUCCACGCACAUCGAAGUGGAACAGGUCAUCGUACCUGCCGCGUUGAAUCAGUGGCGGGCCGCCUGCCUACUUGCAUGGUACGGCUUCCAUCAGCAUCCCGGCCCAAGUGAAUGCGUGCACAUCGCCGGCCUAGUCCGCAAGGCGUAUCAGUGCGGACUGCAUCAAAUCGACAGUGCGGAAAACCGGGCCAGCUUUGGCUGGGAUCAAGUCAGCGAGGAGAGGCUGCACGACUGGCGCCAUGUAUGGUGGUGUCUGUACAUGCUGGACUGCUACGCCAGCUACUCGACGGCGACUCCGCACCAGGCCGAGGCUGAAACCUUGCGAACGGCGCUCCUGCAGACCUCGGUACCGUGCGGUCCCAGCGGCGCCAAGCCUGAGAAGUUCUUCCUCCCGGCCGACCCGUCGAAGCUCUGGAAGCUGGUCGACGAUAUAUCCCGGACCAAGGGCGAUAAUGCCUUCAGCCUUUGCAUGGCCAUCAGCGCGGUGUUACGGGAGGCCGUGACACUACACCGCCAACAGAAGCAGAACCCGGGUGGGUUCAUCCCGGAGCGCAUCUCCGUCCUCGAAGACCAUCUAUCGGCUAUCGAGCUAGCGAUGCCUCCCAACUACAUGCGGCAGACGCGAGAUGUGCUCCGCGGGGAAUCCAACACCAGUUUCCACUACCGGCUGCUGACGCUGUUGAAGAUCUACUGCACGCGCCUUGUCUUGCGUCUCGCCUCAUCCCACCUGCUCGAGAGCCCAGAGUGGGAAGAGCGCUGGCACGAGAGCCUAGAGAUCUGCUACCGCAUGUUUGCCGUCAUCCAGCAGUGGGACAAGCAGUACAUGCUGGCCACUGACCCGGCAAUAUGCUUCAUUAUCUUGCCAGUACUGACCCUGCUCCACCUGCAUUCACUGUCCAGCGGGUUAUCCAAUCCGCAGCUGAAGGAGCAGCUGGCCCGGCGCAAGAACAUAUUGCGCCUUUUUGUUCAAAACUCUGCCGAGUUCUGGACCCUGCCUCGACUCCUGCUAAGCCGGUACGAUAUAUUCGUAACCCAGUUUACCAAGCCUUUGAGUGCAGAUCUCAUCAGGCAGGUCCUGAACAAGCUUCAGUCCCCUCUUCACCCCGAUUUGCUUGGUGGCUCGCCCGCCAGAGCGCAACUGCAACCCCCAGUGCAUACCGGAUCGGACCGUGGGGUUCUUGUUUCCUCCGCCGCUGUGAACCCUGCCCGUGCGGCUUCGGGGUCUGAAACGGGACAUGCUGCAGGGCCGAAUCUCCCAACCACGUGGCCGGCUGUCACUACCUCGGAUUUGGCUCUCACCAACGAAGCUCAGGGGUCAAUGGAUACAGGCCAAGUCCUGAAUGACCUAAUUCUGAGCCCCCAGACAUGGGACGAUCUUAUGAAUACCCAGGAUAUGUGUGACAUUUUACUACAAACAGUCGACUCUCCCGCGCACCCGUCGUAUCUUGCACAAUAAGAAGCCAACUGCGACGCGUCUGCCAGGUGCUGCCAUCGAGGGAGAAAUUGGAGCUUGGCGUGCCACACCAGUAAAAUCACGCACGCUCAUCAAGCACACAACCUGCAGUCAUGAAAAUGUCGAGUCUGUUAUUAUUGAUGGAACAAAUCUGAUCCCCGAGGCGAAUAACCCCGACUUGCCCUCCUUCGAAAGAAGGAUGCAAAUGUAGCACUGAAAGAAAUAACAUCUUUUGUCGGAUUUCCAAAUAGUGUAAUUCUUUGAAAGAAAAAUAACAGAAACAGGAGCGGCGACCCUUCCACCGCAAGCCGGCCACAGGUGGGCAUUGAGUGCAAGUUGGAUUAGGAUCAUUCGCCACCCAUUCUUUCUUGGCCAGUUUCGGAGCUGAGGGGUGAAAAUAUCCGUGUUGGGAGCUUGGCGAGAUUGCUCUUGCUCAGUAUUGGAGUCUAUACUCCAGUAA